AUGAGAACUUGCUUGGUGCUGUUGUUCGUGUUGCACCUAACUGCAUCGGCUUUGGCGCAAACGCAAUGUUACCCCCCUCCGAACGAUAAGAACCCGAGGGAAUGCUGUGCAAUCCCGAAUGUUAUGCCGCCGAGAGAGCAAUUCGCAGCAUGUAUGCAGAAAUUCCCACCGCCACCACCGUCGGCUUCACCACCAGCUCCCGGAACUCCACCUCCUGGUGCUAAUUGUAUUGCUGAGUGUAUUUUAACACAACAGGGUGCCAUUUCAAAUGGAGCGAUCAACAAAGAUGCUGUUGCAACUCAACUGGUCUCCUUAGUUGGAUCAUCCACCGAUUGGCAGACAUUAGUCAAAAGUUCAGUUGAUACGUGCUAUUCGCAAGUAUCCUCACUAGGAUCGCAAAAGGACAGCAAUGGAUGUAGUUCAGCUGCUGGAGCUUUUCUUGAAUGUCUUCCAACCAACAUGUUUAAGAAUUGUCCCGCUUCUUCAUGGACUGCUAAUGCCGAAUGUGAGCAACAGAAAGCUUUUCUGUCUAAAGGAUGUUCAAUAAUGGCAUUGAUGAAACAUCCACAUCACUAA